GCUUGUGCCAAUACGUUUACCCGUGUCUCUGGAGAAUUGUUCGGUCUGCUUACAGCUAUGUUGUUCAUGCAGCACGCUGUGAAAGGCCUUGUGGAAGAGUUCUGCAUUCCACGUAACGAAAACCCGAGAUUGAUGCAAACUUUACCUUCGUGGAGGUUUGCUAAUGGCAUGUUUGCUCAGGUACUGUCAUUUGGCCUUCUUCUCACCGCAUUAAGAAGCCGAAAAGCGAGGUCAUGGCGCUAUGGGACUGGUGGGCUAAGAAGCUUUAUAGCAGACUAUGGUGUGUCACUCAUGUCACUCAUUUGGACAGCAGUGUCCUAUAUACCUGCCGGAGAUGUCCCGAAAGGAAUCCCACGUCGUCUCUUCAGCCCGAAUCCCUGGUCCCCUGGUGCUUACGAAAAUUGGAAAGUCAUCAAGGCAUGUUUAACCAAGUAUAAUUGCCAAUCGAAGUAAUAUAUAUACUCUGUUUCCUUUCAGGACUAAUAAACUGACACCAGAGGAUCUCAGUCCAAUGACCGGGGAACCGAUACCUUAUAAUCUGGGGAAGAGUCCACUUAACCCGGCAUCGAGUUAAGAGGGAUACUGUUGAAUAUUUUGAUAGAUCUCUUCUUAAAAGAGUUUUUAAAAUGGUCUGGUCAUUUC